AUGCAUAAACCCACGACAUAUGCAAAGGGCAAACGAUAUGGCAUACUUGGAUACCUUCCGGAGCUGGGCUCGAAGGAGGCCGUGCUAUGGGAUCUGAACGCGACCGUCUCCCCGCUCCUCCGCCUACCACCCGAGAUCCGGAACAAGAUCUACUCCCUCCUCCUCUCCUCGCGCCGGAUUCACGUCAUGCACGACCCGAAGACGUCGGGGUUCCACUGCGUGACGCUCCGGCCCGCCGCGAACCCGUGGACGUACGUCGAGAACUGCGACGACGAGCACGACCACGAUAGCGACGGCGAGAAUCAGGAGAAGAAGAAGAAUAGGAGGAACGGGCACAAUAAGAGGAAGAGCAAGAGGAAGGGGAAGCGCCACCUCCUCAGCAGGGGCCUCACCCUCCUCUCGCCCGUUUGCAGGCAGCUCUACCACGAGACGGACCUGAUGCCGUACCGCGAGUGCGCCUGGAGCUGGGCGACGCCGGGGCUGAUGGAGCGGUUCCUGCUGACGGAGCGGCGGUGGGGGGUGCUGCAGCGGCGGAGCGUGCGGGAGGUCUGCGUGAGGGGGAUACCGGGGUACGGGAACCUGAGCAGGCGGCUGAGGGUGUUUCUGGGCGGUCUGGAGGUUGUUUGGUUCUGGGAUGGCGGGGGUUGGAUUUGCGAGGUUGUCGAGAGGUGGAAGGAAGAGGAGGCACUGAGUGUUGGGAGGCCGAAUUGA